UGUGACUGAGGGAUCUUAUGACGAGCAGUAAAUAAAGGAGUUUUUCACACUGCAGCACUAAACGCCAUGUUUCCAGUGUUUGUGUUCGUUCUGUUGUUCUGUGUGAUCUCAGCUGAAGACACACAGCUGCUGUCUGUUGUAGUUAACCAACACACCGGGAAACUGCAGUUAAAGGAAGGCAUUCAGACAGAUUCUGUCGCAUCCGCCAACUUGACAGAUGACAUUGUUAAUACGGGGUGGUCAUAUCUGGAGGUUGUAACAAAUGCCAAGUACAAUGACACGCUGCAAGCUUAUGCUGCUGGAGUUGUGGAGGGCGUGAUCACCUCACAGCUCAUCUAUAAGCACUGGACGAACACGUUGAUGGGAUAUUGUGGAUCGUAUGACCAGGGCUACUGUAAACGUCUGAAAGAAUACAUUACUGCUAAUCUACAGUGGGUGGAAGAGCAAAUUGCAAAAGCUACAGAGUCACCUUAUUGGCAUCAGGUCCAUUUGUCUUUGCUGCAGCUGAAGGGUUUGGAAGAUGGCUAUAAUGGACAGUGUACAUUUCCAGACACAGGGCUCUACUUUGACCCCUUAGGAUUUCUUCUUUUCCAGAUGGGUGGAGACUUAGAGGAUUUAGAGGCUGCAUUGAACAAAUCCAGUCAAUCACGUACAGUGGGAUCCGGAUCCUGCUCUGCUCUAAUCAAACUCUUGCCGGGUAACAAAGAGCUUCUUGUCUCACAUGACACAUGGAACAACUACCAGUCAAUGCUGAGGAUUAUGAAAAAAUAUAUUUUUUCAUUCCGUACAUCUUUGAAAGAUCAGACAUUAAUUCCUGGUAAUACUCAGGCUUUCUCCUCUUACCCUGGCUCCAUCUUUUCAGGAGAUGAUUUCUACAUUCUCAGCACUGGCCUGGUUACACUGGAAACCACAAUUGGCAACAGUAACUCUGAUUUGUGGAAGUUUGUGAAGCCUCAAGGCUCUGUCAUGGAGUGGCUGAGAAACAUUGUGGCAAACAGACUUGCUCAAUCUGGGAAAGAAUGGGCCGACAUUUUCAGUCAUUACAACAGUGGAACGUACAACAACCAGUGGAUGAUAGUUGACUAUAAGGGUUUCAUUCCAGGUAAACCCAGUCUCAAGAAAGGCUUGUUAACUGUGCUUGAACAAAUACCAGGGAUGAUCCAGGCGGCAGAUAAAACUGAAGAACUCUAUAACACCAGCUACUGGGCCAGCUACAAUAUUGCGUAUUUUGAUGAGGUGUUUAAUGCAAGUGGGGGUCAAGAUCUGGUGAAGAAGUAUGGUUUGUGGUUCUCCUUUAGUGACAAUCCAAGAGCGAAAAUAUUCCGCCGCAACCAAUCCCUUAUUACUGACAUGGAGUCCAUGAUGCGCCUAAUGAGGUACAAUGACUUUAAGAAUGAUCCUUUGUCGAAGUGUGAUGGCUGCAUUCCAGCCCAAAAUGGCGAGAAUGCAAUUUCUGCACGAUCUGACUUGAACCCAUCUAAUGGCACAUACCCGUUUGGAGCUCUUAAACAGAGGCCUCACGGUGGAACAGACAUGAAGAUGACAUCCUUUGGCUUAUUCAGGCAGUAUGAGAUGUUAGCAGUUAGCGGUCCAACAUGGGACCAGGUGCCUGCUUUUGAAUGGAGCACAUCACCUUACAGCAGUUUAAUGCACACAGGUCACCCAGACCGCUGGGAUUUCCCUACUGUACAUGUCAGGUGGUCUGAAUAAAAGAUAUUGUAAUAUCAUGUAUUAUUGGCCAAUUUAAGGUUUAUUUGUUUACUUUUCUUUUAUAAAGAGGGCAGUAUUUUCCUGAUUACUUUAUCAGCUAUAAAUACACAAAAUACCUCAACAAAUGGUUCAUUAGAUGAGGAAGUUAAGGAAGUCUGUAUUUUUUUUUUUUUUACCUUUCAGAUAAGAAAGUUACCUAACUAUUAGACUUUUUGUUUGUUAUUUUGUCCUUGGCCCACCCCGAAGAAACGCUAUGUGCAGUUGUUUGUAUAUAUGUUAUUUAUUCACUUUCUGAAAGUACACCAACACCUUUUUUUUUUUGUAGAAAUUCUCUUUUGUGUUUUUUGUUCCUUACCCUUAUUUAAAAAGGUAUCAAUUUACUGAAUCCCAAGCUAUAACUUAACCCUAGACUGGGUUGUAACAAUACAGUUUCAGAUAACUGUGAUUGUUAAAUUAAAGUAUAACUUUACUCAUAAGCACAAGAAUCAAUGGUACACAAGAAAAAAAACUGACUGUAAUGAAGAAAAUCCUAAUAAAGUUAUAAAGUUGA